AUCUCCCCACCUUCCUCGUCUGUCUCGGCUGCCACGGUCCCCUCUCUUAUAAAGACCUCGCGUCCUCCGUGUUCACUGGCAGCGCCGCGUCUGUCACCCAAUCUGUCGACCUCUGCUUCGCCACGUGUGGACGAUGUCGGUGAAGAUGAUGGCACCGGCGGUUGUGAUGAUGGUGAUGAUGAUCACGGGGGUGAUGAAGGUGUCCUGUGCUUUGAAUGUCACGGGCAAUCUCCCGUUCAGCGUGGUUUUGGCAUCCGGCAACUUCAACGUCUCGUGGGCGUUCGACAAAGAGCAGAUCGUUCUGGAGGCUCAGGUUCGCACCCUGGGCUGGAUCGGCCUGGGGCUGAGCUCCACGGGAAGGAUGGCCGGCUCUGAUGUGGUGGUCGGGUGGGUGGACAGCGCAGCCGCUACCCAUCUCGUGGACGCACACAUCGAGGGGGUGCGGAACCUGGUGCCGGAUGCGAGCCAGGACUACAAACUCGUGCGGCUCAGCCAGAACGACACCCACACGGUCAUGCGGGUAGUGCGCGCGCUGCGCACGUGCGACGUCAAUGACAGGGACAUCACCGAGGACACGGUGCGCCUGCUCUGGGCCUACAGCGCUGUGGACCCAGCGAACGAGACUCAGAUCAUGCAACACGGCGCGGCCACGCGGGGCUCCAAGAGCGUCCAGCUGCUGAGCAGCGGAUCUCCCAUGGAGCAGACCCUGCCCCAAAACUACUCCACGUUCGACGUAGUGAACGACAAGUUCAUCAUACCGACUCUCGCAACGUACUACACGUGCAAACUGUUCCAAUUGCCAAAGCUGGACAAGAAACAUCAUCUUAUCAAGGUUAAGCCGGUGAUACAGGCCGGCAAUGAGCGGUACGUACACCACCUUCUGGUGUACGUGUGCUUGAACACGUUGAACGUAUCCUACGUGGGCAGCCAAGCCGAGUGCUACAAGUUUAACUCGACUCAUCCCUUCGCCACGUGUAAGACCGUGAUGGCAGCAUGGGCUGUGGGUGGAGAGACAUUUGACUAUCCCGCAAACGCUGGUUUCUCGCUGGGCUUGGACGAAGACCCACAAUUCUUGCUGCUGCAGAUGCACUACGACAACGCAGGCCUCGUGUCCGGUGUUUCCGACAGCUCCGGAUUCCGUUUCUACUACACACCCGAGCUUCGCACCUACGACGCCGGGUUGCUGGAGACCGGUAUUUUCGCCUACUGGCAGCACUUCAUCCCUCCGAAUACGGCGCGCUUCACGAGCUACGGGAUCUGCAACACCAAGACCUUUUACACCAGCAAGGCGAACUCAACCCUGCAGGUGCUCGCGGUUAGGUUCAAGCCUUAA